GGUGCACCAAGCACGUGGUGCAAUUCUGAGUGUUCUCUGUAUUCUUACGCGUCAAUGACAAGUUCUCUCAUGAUGUCGUGGCAAUGCCUUUUAUUUUUCCUUACCAGUAUGGCAGAUUUUCGUAGGCUCGGACGCGUACAAGGGCGCUCUUUGGAACGGGAGGAUGCUAACUGCCUGCGAAGUUCCGGAAUGACACGUGACCUUGUUCUGAGAUCGGAAUAAUUCUCAGGGAUCACCACGAUUGAUUGGAGAGUCCAAC